UAAAGAAGAUGAAAUGUUACAUACUGUGCAUUAUGUUGUAGCAUUUAAACGAACUAUGGAACAUAAUAUUGAUGAUAUAAUGAAGAAAAACCACAAGAUCUAUUUUGAGAGUAAAGAUCUUCCAUUUACUGGAGUCCCAUUCAUUUUUUCAUCAUGUAGUACUCUUGAUUGUCAACAAGGAAAAGACAAAGGUCUGACAACAAAAGCACAGUAUUUAAAAAAGAAAAAUGAGAAUGCACUGGACAAGGAUUCAAUAUGGUUAAGAAAAGAAAUGUCAAAAAAACUUCGCUCAGCUUUGGCUACCAACCGAAACAUUUCAAUGUGUAGAAAAUAUAUUUUAUUAUUACCUGACAUUUCUUCUCAUAAAGACCAUGCAAUUGGAGAUGAAGCAGGUCUUAAUCAACCUUUAUCUAAGGAUAUUAUCAAAAAAAUUGAUGAGCUAGUCAGAAAGGGUGUUAAUUCUGUUCCAGAAAUGAGAUGUCUUCUGGAUGCUAUUGUGCAUAUGGAAUUUAAUUCACUUAACUUACCACAGAAAGCAAAUAAACGUUUUUUCCCACGAAAUGAGACUAUUGCAAACCAUAUGCAGAAAGCUAGAAAUAAUCUUCGCAGAUCCAUGAUAGAUCAAGAAUGUCUGCGUGAUAAGAUUAAUGAAUGGAAAAUAUAUUGUCCAGAUGCAAAAAUACAUUUUAGACCAAAAGGAAAAAUCUAUUCAGACAAUGAUUUAAAUCUUGAAAAUUCAUUACUGUUUGUUUAUCAAGAUGUAUGGCAACAAAAAUUGCUCUAUAGAUAUGGAAAUGAACUGGCUUUUUUAGACGCAACAUAUCGCACAACUAGAUAUGCCCUUCCGCUAUUUUUUUUAGUUGUCAAAACAAACAUUGAUUACCAAGUUGUUGCAAUUUUUGUUUGUGAAAAUGAAACCACAGAAGUUAUAACAAAAGCACUAAUGUGCAUUAAAGAAUGGAAUCCAUUAUUUCAACCGAGGUUUUUUUUGACAGAUUAUUCAAACGAGGAAAUAAAUGCACUCGAAUAUGUGUUUCCAGAGCGAGAAGUUUUAAAUUUGAUCCCCACCAUGUAUUUGUUUGUAACUUCAUGUAGAUCUGUUAAAACCACAAAAGUGUGGGCGUUAAACCUAAAUUGUUGUAAAGUAUUUAUCUGUGAUUUUCACAGAGAACAAGCUUGGGAAAGAUGGCUGUCAAAAACCAUAAAUGGAUGCUGCCUUGUGAAAAAUCAAGUUAAAAAAAUGCUUCGUGAUAUUGCACAUGCAAAAACAGAAGAUAUUUGUCAAAAGGCAGUUCAAGGACAAGUAUGGAAAAUACACCAAAAACUCGCUGAGUAUUUAACAAACACUUGGUUACCUAUCCAAAAGAGAUGGGUGUUUGCUUACAGACAGGAUCGUCUCCUGCUGAAUGUUAACACUAACAAUGGAACUGAGAGGCAGCAUCAAUCUUUUAAAUAUAGUUUUUUAGAAAAACGAAAGAAUUCUUCGCUAACAGCUAUGCUAAGUAUUUGUAUUGAAGAAUUUCUUCCUCACAAAUUUGACAACUAUUGUGAUAAAAAUAAAAAGGCACAUUCAUCAUAUAGAAAAUACAAUGCAAAAAUUCCGCCAUAUUUGAUUGAUCGUCCACGACCUUUGGUAAAACAUUGCAUGCAUUUAGUUGAUACAUUAAAAGGCCUUGACUUACAAAGCAUUAAUGCUGUAACUGACAAGAUAUACAACGUUGCUUCAUUUGAUUCAAAUAGUCGAGAAAUCUAUAAAUGCUAUCUUGGUGAUGAUAAACAUUUGCCUAGUUGUUCUUGCCCUGCCUGGUUUAGUAGUCCAUACCCAUGCAAGCAUUUUUUUGCUAUUUAUAUAAAAGAAAAUCUCUCCUGGUCUGCAUUUGGUAGCUUAUACAGAAAUUCACCAUAUUUUAGCCUAGAUUUAUUGACAGAUGAAAAUAGCCAAGCAACCUCUGUAGUAUGUCAAGAUUUUUUUUCAUCCAACAAUGUUGGUAUUCAAAAUAAUGCUGUCGGACAUGAAACACAAUUGUCUAUACCUCUUGAACCUCAACCGUUUCCAAAUGUACAAGGAAUGAAUUUUAAAAGUACGAUUGCACCAAAUAAAAUUUAAAGUAGUCACUCUAUAAUAACAUG